AUGCCAAAGUUCCAUCCGGUGUUUGGCCAUCUUAUUGCCCUGAAAGAACAUAUUCAGGCACUACCACGGAACGCAACCAUACAUGUCGCAGUGCGUCGCAUGGCUGAGAAGUUCCCAAAUGGGAUCUUCUACCUCAACUUAUGGCCUUUCAAUGAGACAGUGAUCGUAGUGACGAAUCCGUCUUUGGCAUCGCAGGUCGAGACAGCUUUUCUGGACAAGCCCGCACACAUAAAGUCAACGUUCGAUGUCAUAAGUGGCGGGCCAACAAUACAGACAAUGUACGGAAAUACCUGGAAGCAGUGGCGGUCUCUAUUCAACCCUGGAUUUGCUUCGGGCUACAUGACCCAACUCGCCCCGGCAAUUGCAGAGGAGGUGGAAGUUUUCUGCACGUUACUGAAACGGCGGGCACAAUUGGGGAACGUGUUUCAAUUGGAGGAGUUUACAUUGCGCAUGACGUUCGACAUCAUUGCGCGGGUGACGCUUGACAAUCGCCUUCAUUAUCAGACACAGGGAAGUGCUCUGGCGGAUUGUUUGCGGAGACAGGUUUACUGGACGCCAUUCGCGACGACUUUCAAUCCAAUCAGACGGUAUCUUAGUCCUCGGCCUUUGGUUCAACGUUACAACAGCUAUCGGAUGAACAAGUAUAUCGGCACAGAAAUCGACAAACAGUUUGAUGAAUUGGCAGCGGCGCGCAGACAUCCCACCCAGAAAACAAGUCCGAACUCCAGGUCUAUCAUAGCACUGACCAUGGACAAAUACUUGGAUGAGCUGGGAGACAGCCAGAUGUCAAAGGAGGAGUUCAAGCGCCUUGCCACCUCACAGUUGCGUAUGUUUCUCUAUGCUGGCCAUGACACUACAAGUAGCACACUACUUUACUGCUACCUACUACUUUCUCAAAAUCCAGAGUCGCUCUCGAAGGUCCGCGAGGAGCAUGAUGCUGCAUUUGGAAAGGACUUCAGUGUUGUUCACAUCACCAGGUCCAUAGAGCGCGAUCCCACACUACUGAACCGAAUACCAUAUACACUGGCUGUUACGAAGGAGGUCCUUCGUCUCUUCCCUCCAGCAGGAAGCAUCCGCACAGGCCGACCGGAUUUUACCCUCUCCGAUGGAGGCCAACAACACCCUACUGACGGGUGUAGCAUCUGGGUUCUCAGUCUCGGUAUGCAUCACAGUCCGGAGGUUUUCGUGCGACCAGAGGAAUUUCUCCCAGAGCGUUGGUUAGUCGGGCCCGAGGAUCCCCUGUAUCCGAACAAAGCCUCCUGGACGGCUUUUGAAUGGGGUCCACGCAACUGUAUUGGUCAGUCGCUUGCCAUGCUAGAGCUUAGAGUUGCACUAGUGAUGACAGUGAGGCUGUUCGACAUUAUCCCGGCUUACGACGAGUGGGACAAGUUGCAUCCCAGAGGAGGAAUUAAAGUAGUUGAUGGAAAUCGGGCAUACCAGGCGGAGAUGGGUGGUGGAGGGGCGCACCCUGUUGAUGGUUUCCCAGUCAAAGUUUCGCUCAGAACGUAA